CGCGACUAGUAUCGUCAGCCCGGACCAUCACAGUCUUCCACGUUGCCCUUCCUCCCCACCCACAGCUAGGCACCGCUGCACCAAUCGAGAGGAGAGGGAAAUGGCGAUGGCGGCGGCGAGGAGAGCGUUCCUGAACCAUCUCCGCGUGCCGGUGGCCCACCCGGCUGCCGCCGCGGGAAGCGUCUCUUUCGCUAGGCUCCUGUCUUCGACCACGGAGGUCGAAAAGGGGUCGUUCCUCGACAAGGGCGAGGUCGCCGACCGCGUCGUCUCCGUCAUCAAGAACUUCCAGAAGAUCGAGCCUUCCAAGGUGACGACUAAUGCACAUUUCCAGAAGGACCUUGGGCUGGACAGCCUGGACACGGUCGAGAUUGUGAUGGCCUUUGAGGAAGAAUUUAGUUUCGAGAUCCCAGACAAUGAGGCAGAGAAGAUUGAUUCUAUCAAAACGGCAGUCGAUUUCAUCGCCUCGCAUCCUCAAGCAAAAUAAGUUUGCAUGCAGCAUGUCUUGGUUCCGGCGUCUACGUGAUCUUGCCCCCAGAACUAAUGUUCCCCAAAGGAUCUGUUUUUCUGUAUUUGCCCAGUAGGUGAAUGUUCUGAGGUUUCUCUGUUUAUUUUUGUGCCUCUAAUAUCAGGUCUUGGUUCUCUUUCUCCGUCCGAUCGAAUAAAUGAUGCACCAGUUUUGGAUUUAUGAUCCUAUUUGCUGACGAUCACAGCUUCUUUUAAAGCCAAUGUUGUUAUACUGGCUGUACUCUAGCUGGCACUAACUUGUGUAAAUUGUGAAACUAAAGCCUUGGUGGGAUUUGUCUGGUUUUGAA